ACAAGUUUUUACAUCAGUAUACAUUACGAAUAUGUCUUAUCACGUAACAAGAAUGUGUGAGUAUCAAUUCGAUAUUUGCACAUUGCAAAGCCGCCAUAUACUAAGUAAAGAUUACCCCUUCCUGAUCAUAGUUGUCAUGUGAAAUCGAUUAGAAAAUGGCACAAACAAGUUCGUCCAAGGAACUACGUUACGUUUAUUUGGCAGCUGCCACAAUUAUAAUUUUAGUAAUUUCAUUGACACAGAUUCAGGACAAAUAUGCUUCUGAAAGAUAUGCAAUUUUUUACGUCAGUUCAAACCGGCAAAUCACAGCGAGGUUAACGUUUCCAGAUACAUGUACACUGUGACAAAGUUAAAACCGGAAGAACGAUUGCAAGCACUCUGCAUUCAUGUGGACACUGUUAAUAGGCUGAAAAUGACAAGUCUGAAAUUUUCUAGAGUAACGGUUAUAAAACUUGAUGAUAAAGGGAAUAUAACAAUUGCUAUAGAAACGUUUGAUAUGAGCAAUAGAAGAAAAACAAUAGGCGAUGACGUCAUUGUCGUCUGGGCACGCCAAGCAAAUGGAGAUGGACCCGUUUCCGGUCACGUGAUUGAUCACAAAAAUGGCUAUUAUACGGCCAGUGUAAAAGUGUACUGGACAGGAAAGACAAAAGUGACAUUGAAAUUGGCUUCUUCCCUUGAAAACACUUGUCUCCGUAUGAAAGCCUUGAGAAAAUACGGAAAUACAGUAUUUGCUAUGCAAAAGGCGUGGGGAAUAAGGGGAACAUUCCGAAAAAAUCUACUUAGGGGGCUUACUGCUUGUGGUGCUAACAAAAUGAUUUUUGGAUAUGAAAAAGUGUGCAAUUUUACAAGCCUUAAUGGUGGCAUGUAAUGGUUCUGUGGAAAACCUAAACACUUGAAAAUAAAGUGCUCAGACAUUGAAUCAUUUGGAACUGGGCCAAUUUAUAACAGUAUGGUGCCUCAAAAAGAAAAGAUACGAAAUAAAGGACAUGGAAUUUUUAAACAAACAUUGUCUCUUGAAAUCCCAACAUUCAAUAAAGCAAUAAGGGGUGUUUCAUGCAGUCAGCGUCCAGUGUCAUCAUCAUGGGCGGAAUCUGGUCCAAGUGGUUACUGGUUGAAUAAUAAAUGGAAUUUCUUUAACUGUUUCAGCAAUAUCAAACAUGAUGUACCAUCUUACGUGCGGUGUUUAAAAAAUAAGAAUAUUGUGCUAAUUGGGGAUUCUACUAUUAGACACUAUGCAGAAUAUUUAAUUGAACACGUGCUAGAUCUUGGACGUGUUAACAUGAAAGACGCCCUAGGGUCAAACGGACAAUAUCAUGCAAAGAAAUUAUUCACAAAUUAUGGAAUUAACUUGAUGUAUGUUAAACACGAGAUGCCGUUCCAUAAUCCAAACUUUCCACCCAUUGGUAUUGUAUCCGUGCCUCAACUUCUGCAUUCACUAGAAAAUUGCAAUGAUAGUAAUAAAUCAUUGAUAUUAAUAAUAAACUACAAUUCUCAUUUUUCCGCGUAUCCUCCGUCAAAAUUUAGGGAAAGAAUAAGACAUUUGGCUAUGGCCAUCGAAAGUUUUGUUAUUAGAAAACCAAAUACUAAAAUAUUCUUCAAAGGGCCACAUAUUUGUAUAGAUGAUAGCCGAUGGUUUGAUGCGAAAAUUUCACUUCUCUUUGAAGAAAUCAUCAGAGAAGAGUUUUCAAAACUCAUAAAUAACGUUAUAUAUUUAGAUGUUUGGUCAAUAACAGUUGCCCAUAAUAGUGAAAAUCUUCAUCCUAAAGGGAAUGCGUUUAAUAGUCAAAUUCAUCAGCUUAUGUCUUAUAUAUGCUAAAGUGUUGUGCUUAAACCUAAAAUGUUAAUACCUUUGUCUGAAAGUAACUAUCCUUAGUAAGUUUACAAAUUUACAGGUACAUUUUGUUAAAGGUACGUACUUUUGAUAUCACUAGCAACUUGUUUCUAGAGAAGAAUCCUUGAUUCACAUUAGCGUUAGGUGUGAUAAGAGAAAACAUGGACGACAUAAUUCUAGGACGGUUAGUCACAUUUAGGCAAACAACAUUGACAAAAGCUUAUUGAUUUGUGUUCCAGACUACAUAACAGUUCUGUGAGAACACUGCAGAUAGUGGUGAAUUCGUUUUUUAUUGUUGAGUUUCUUUUUAUUUUUUCCUAUUUGCUUAAAAUGAGGAAAGUUUUUAUUUCAAAUGUACAAUAAGUUUAAGUCUCAAAAUAUGUUCGUUAUCAAAAAUUUAUCGGGGUAAACACGUCUUAAAUAAAAAAAAAUCUUGGGGGUUGCUAUGGGUAUAUUUUGGAUCAAUGAAUUUAUUAUGAUAAUAAUAUACAAUUAUGGUAUAGAAAUAUAUUUUGUUACAGUUUGUUACAGUUUUAUACAAAUGCUAUGCAUACAUAUAUAAAUGAACGUUGUAUUCUAGUAAAAUAUACAAAUGUAUACCCCCAUGAAGUAACCGCUAGUGUUGAAGCAUUCGGAACUGCCUCGGCUAUUAUCUAUAAUAUUAACAUCGGAAACAAUACGGAUUGAAAGUAGUUCUACCACGUGGCUUCAGAUGUAAACAGAAACAGAGAUAGUGUGAAACGAAUGUAUAUAUUUGACAUCAAAUGCCUGUUCCGGUACUCUUUUGCUUGAAAAUAUGUCUGACAACAAUUUGUAAUUUAAAUAUGCCCAUUGAUUUUAAACAAAUCCGACGAAAUGACAACAGGUUGGUUUUUUGUACUUUCGGUUUCUACAACCAUAAUAAUUAAUAUAUAAAAAAUGAAUUAUUUGCUUUUGUACCUAUGAUAUCACUUAUUUUAGGUGAACUUUUACUACAUAUAUUGAAAAUAAACUUGUAAACAACUCCCAACAUUAAAUUACUAUUUGUUUACAUGUUUAGUUUCUUAGCGUAGGUUAGACCGAAAUACCGCAUCCGUUCUGUGUAUUCAUACUACUGUGUUCGUCCUUAUCCGAAGUCUGACGGAAAGGGCCGAGUAGUUGCGAUUGGUGUUGAAGAAGAAAAGAAAUGGAGCUGUUAGCAUGACCCUCCCGUCAUUAUUCAGUAAAGGUGCGUGCCCCAAGAUGAACCAGAAUAUUUCAAGGAAAUUAAACUAGAGAAUUGUAUAAUAAUUUGAAGAAAUGUAAAAAAAAAUAUCAAUAAGAUAAAAGAAAUACUUUGCUUGUUAAUUAUAUGCUUUUAAGGACUGAUUUUAUUUAGACUGUAUUCCUCCCAAUAUUUCUACUGCAUGGCUUGCGAGUAAGGGCUAUUUUGCAUAUUUUAAAAUCUUAAAUGACAUUUGAUGGACAUUUUCACAAUUUAAAUAUGUCACCAAUUCAGAAAGGCAGAUAACCCUAAAAUUUAUUUUUGUAAAAGUGUGCCCUUCUUCUUAAUUAAAAGGUCCAUAUCUCUUCAAUAUUUGAAUACAGUUAACCUUAUAACUUAUUUUUGCUCAGCUCAGUACUUUGUUAAUUUCAAUUUUUAGCUCACCUGAGCUUGCUCAGGGUGAGCUUUUAGGAUCGGUGAAUGUCCGUCGUCCGUCGUCCGUCGUCCGUCCGGCCGUCCACAAUUGCUUGUGAACACUCUAGCGGUCGCAUUUUUGCCUCAAUCAUCAUCAAACUUGGUCAGGAUGCUUAUCUAGUUGAAAGCUCGGAUGAGUUCGAACAUGGGUCAUCUCGGAUGAAAAACUAGGUCACAAGAGCUAAAAAUAGAAAAACCUUGUGAACACUCUAGAGGUCACAUUUUUGACCCAAUCAUCAUCAAACUUGGUCAGGAUGUUUGUCUAGGUGAUAGCUCGGAUGAGUUCGAACAUGGGUCAUCUCGGAUGAAAAAGUAGGUCACAGGAGCUAUAAAUAGAAAAACCUUGUGAACACUCUAGUGGUCACAUUUUUGAACCAAUCAUCAUCAAACUUGGUCAGAAUGCUUGUCUAGUCAAUUGCUUGGAUGAGUUCGAACAUGGGUCAUCUCUGAUGAAAACUAGGUCACAGGAGCUAAAAAUAGAAAAACCUUGUGAACACUCUAGUGGUCACAUUUUUGACCCAAUCAUCAUCAAACUUUGUCAGGAUGCUUGUUUAGAUAAUAGCUCAGAUGAGUUCGAAUAUGGGUCAUCUCGGAUGAAAAACUAGGUCACCGGAGCUAUAAAUAGAAAAACCUUGUUAACACUUUAGCGGUCACAUUUUUGCAUCAAUCAUCAUCAAACUUGAUCAAAAUGCUUGUCUAGGUGAUAGCUCGGAUGAGUUCGAACAUGGGUCAUCUCGGAUGAAAAACUAGGUCACAGGAGCUAAAAUAGAAAAACCUUGUUAACACUCUAGUGGUCACAAUUUUGACUCAAUUGUCAUCAAACUUGGUCAGGAAACUUGAAUAGGUCAUUGCUUGGAAUAAAUCGAACAUGGGACAUCUCGGAUGAAAAACUAGGUCACAUGAGCUAAAAAUAGAAAAAUCUUGUUAACACUCUAGUGGCUACUGUUGUGAUCCAAAUAUUCUGUUAAUUGGUCUGAAAGUUUUUUUGAUGAUUUCUAAGUCAAGAUCAAACAUGGGUCAUCUUGGAUGAAAAACUAGGUCACACCGCCCAAAUAUGGAAAAACCUUGUUAACAUUCUAGUGGUCACAUUUUCGACUCGAUUAUCAUCAAACUUGGUCAGGAUGCUUGUCUAGGUAAUUGCUUGGAUUAGUUCGAAAUCGCAUGUGAAACUAGGUCACCGGAGCUAAAAAUAGAAAAAUCUUGUUAACACUCUAGUUGCUACUGUUUUGAUCCAAGUAUCCUGGAAAUUGGUCUGAAAGUUUGUUUUGAUGAUUUCUAGGUCAAGUUUGAAUAUGUGUCACCUGGGUAAAAAACUAGGUCGCACUGCUCAAAUAUGGAUAAUCCUUGUUAACACUGUAGUGGUCACAUUUUUGACUCACCUGUCAUGAGACUUGGUCAGAAUGCUUGUCUAGGUAAUUGUUUGGAUGAGUUUGAUAAUUCAGGUGAGCGAUCUAGGGCCAUCAUGGCCCUCUUGUUUUGGUUAAUUCUUAAGGUACAUUUUGUGAAAACCUAUCGAAGAUGUUACAAAUUCACUUCAUGCUUGGAGUUCUUAUUCACGAUAAGUUGAAUAUUUAAUAGCAAUGACAUGCCAACUUAUAUUUUUCAAAAUAACGAUACGUCAUGACUGUAUUUACAUUUUUUGGCAAUUUUUUUUGUCCAAAAAUGAGUGCUUGGAUAAUCAUAUUUUUUGUUGUUGAAAAAUUGUAACAAGUAUCUACACCAGGGACAUUUAUGUUUGCCAAACAUGUUCGUGUUUAUAUUCUUUUUUUUAAAGAUAUACUAUGCUCAUCUUUGAGUAAAAUAUUUUUAUCACAGAAAUUUAU